AUGGCAGGUCAGUGGACGUUGCGACGUCGAUCCCUGCCGUUCCUUGAGCGUACUCCUUUCAGCCUACCUCGUCACUUUGGUAUAUAUUCUCCAACCCCUAAUUCACGAGUGCGCAAUGACGCUCGAGGCAACACACGCCAGUCGCCGAUGGAUGAACCGAAUUCCAAGUGGGAGUUCAAGCAGCAGGUGGACGAGAAGAAGCGACGCGCUAAGCGGAAAGCUCCGAAGGAUCCGCUUGUGUUCACGAACAAAUUCCAGAACUUGUUGAGUUUCGCGUUCGAAGACGUGGGCAGCGAGCAGUCAAAAAAGCUGCCGCCAAAGCCGCACCUUGUGGACAAGAAACAUGCGUCAUCACUUGAACUUCUGGGGGCUAUUGGAGCUGCUAGCAAGGAGGAGGAAAGUCUGGAGCUCAGUUUGGCUCAAUUGGGAUUGGACACUGAAGAUGAUGGUGAAGAGACGUUUCUGAAGAGACAAUCGCGCGAGCGUCCGAAGCCGCGAAAGUUUAAAUUGUUCUCGGAUGAGAACGAUCCGUCCAUGGUCUUGGCGGCACUAGGAAUCCCGUCAGCUGGAGAUGGAGAUUAUCGCACAAAAGUAACGGCUGUGGCCGGCAGCCGAAAGGCGAUCAAGCUGAACACGAAGCGGAAGAAAGGAACGCGCAACUUGCUGAAGAAUUUCCAGUUUGAAAAUAGCAUUUUUGACUCGACAUUGGAUCUGUUCGGGGACGUGAAUUGGGAAGAUCCUGACGACCGCGAACAACGACGCUCUCAGAGACAACAGCGGAAGGAAGCCAAGCGCAAGCCGAAGCAAGUAGUGCCUGUUCAGGAAGUCGAGAUCCCGACGUCACUUACGGUUAAAGAUCUUGCUGAGCGCAUGAGUGUAAAGACGCGCGUGGUCUUUCGCGCGCUCAAGGAUUUGGGUGAAAAUGGAUUAAGUGAAGAUUCAAUGGUAACUAGUGACAUUGCAGAGCUGGUGGUCGACUCGCAGAACAUGAUUCCGGUCUUGCUUCCGCCUGAAUUUGUCGAUCUAGAGCUGACAUCGCCGCCGGCGGAUUGCUCCCCUUUUCCAGUUCGACCACCUAUUGUGUCGGUGAUGGGCCACGUGGAUCACGGGAAAACUACGCUCCUGGACGCCUUGCGAAAGUCGAACGUUGUGGACACUGAAGCCGGUGGCAUCACACAGCGGAUUGGUGCAUUUUCGGUGGAUCUGGGCAAGAAGUUCAAGUCACACUCGAAGGUCACGUUUAUUGACACACCUGGUCACGCGGCAUUCAGCAACAUGCGGUCACGUGGCUCAGAGCUCACCGAUUUGCUCGUUCUCGUAGUAGCUGCAGACGACGGUGUGCGCCCUCAGACUGUGGAAGUUGCACGUCUGGCACUUAAAAACAACGUGCCGCUUGUGGUGGUAGUCACGAAGAUGGACAUGCACGAACAUGACAAGAAUGAGGUCACCAAUCGUCUUGGAACCGAGUUGUUGAAGCAGGGAAUCGUAGUUGAGGGUAUGGGAGGAGAAACGCCUAUGGUAUGUGUGUCAGGCAAAACGGGCGAGGGACUUGACCAGCUUAAGGAAACUAUCGCUCUCCACGCUGAAAUGCUGGAUCUACGUGCUGACACUGAUGUAGCGGGUGAGGCUAUUGUUCUCGAGGCAAGUGUGGCACGAGGCGUCGGCACUCAAGUAGAUGCAAUUGUGAAGUGGGGCACGCUCAAGCAGGGUUCAUUUGUUGUGUCCGGACUAGAGUACGGAAAAGUUCGUGCUCUCGUCGACCAGGCGGGUAAACGUGUGAAGCAAGUGGCUCCUGGCCACCCCGUGAGAGUAAUUGGAUUGAAGGGAUUGCCUGAAGGUGGUAUCGCUUUGCUGUCCGUACCCACCGAAGAUCGUGCUAAGGAAGUCGUGGCAGCGCGUCAGGCCAUGCUCGACUGGGACCAAAUGGCGAAGGCCGAUGACGAAGAAGUGGAGGCCCAGAGUGAUGACGGUACGCUGACGCGCCGUCGCCGUUUUGGAGGUGCGCGUCGAAAGUGGGAGCAAGUGGAAAUAAGACGACGCGAGGCUGUUGAGGAAGCCAAGCGCGUUGCAGCGCUUGGACCUGGGGACGAAGGGUACAUUGCGAAUGUGGUUCCAAUAAUUGUCAAAACGGACUCGGUUGGAGUUAUGUCCGCUAUCGACGAGCUCAUUGCAUCCUUACCGAGCGAUGAGGCAGCGAUAAAGUGUAUCAUGUCUGCUGUUGGGCCCGUCACGUCUUCUGACCUUGCAAUGGCUCAAGCUACCGGUUCUACUAUCUACUCAUUCAAUAUCAACCAUGCUGCCUCUAUCGAUCAAGAGGCAUUGCAGAAGGAGGUGACCCUGCGUCGACAUCGAGUAGUGUAUAGUUUGCUGGACGAUAUCAAGGAACUGUUGCAGGAAAAUCUCAAGGGUGUGGUUGUGCAUGAAGUGGUCGGCCAAGCGGAAGUGAUUCAGUCCAUUCCUAUCUCCACGUCGGCAACGCGCAGUACUAACAUCGCGGGUUGCAAGGUCACCUUCGGCUCACUUAACAUGCAGGCAAAGUACCGACUGGUGCGUGACGGUGAUACAAUUGUCGAAAAUGUGGACAUGGCGUCCAUGCGUCACUUCCAGCAAAAGGUAUCGGAACUGAACAAGGGUCAGGAGUGUGGACUUCAGCUUGUGGGCACGGACGACUUUCAACCUGGCGAUGUGCUCGAGGCGUACACGACAAAGGUGGUGAAGCCCGAGAUAUAG